GUUCGUUUCGUCGUCCGUCCAACACACUUCUUGACAGUCGAGCGAAAAAUUUGGUGGGCUCUCCUUCGCAAAGGUGCAAAAAUCGUCAUCUGCGUCUCGAAUGGUCAAUUUUGCUACCGUACGCAUCCUGGAACAGGACAAUUUCUAGCACAUUAUCUGCUGCACCGAUUCCGCCAGCAGCCGAGCUCCAACAUGGCCGGCCGAGGAAAAACCAACAUAAACAUUGAAGAGGAUGUUCGCAUCGCCAUUCACUACAUGAUCGACAAGUUCGUCCAGGACGAGAAGCUGAACGAGUUUGACUUUCCGGCCUCGUUUACCCGGGAGCACCGGGCAUACAUCCACGAUUACGUCAAGAACAAAUCGCUCAAGUCCAGAUCCCAUGGGAAAGGCAACCAACGCUACCUGACGAUCUACAAAUCGAACAUCCUAUCCCUAAUCCAUGACGAUGCCAGUCUGGACAUCAGUGACAAUUCGCAGAAGACGAUUGAAAUGGUACUCCAGAAGCAGGGCCCUGCCCAUAAAGAUAUUGCAGAAUCCAUAGCUCGGCGCAAGUUGUAUCCCACCCUGACAUCGUACAGUUUGAACCUGGGAUCGCCGAACAAUUCCGUCAAAUGCAUCCCGCCGCCGACAAACUCCAGCAUGCAGAUCAUCCAAGAGCGACUCCGGCUGCCGAUUGCCCCCUACAGGGAUGCCAUUAUGAACUGCUUGGCUCAGAACCAGGUGAUGAUCAUUUCGGGCAGCACAGGUUCCGGCAAAACUACCCAAAUUCCACAGUUCAUUCUCGAAUCUGCCACGCAGCAAGGUGAAGCAUGUCGCAUCAUUUGUACUCAGCCGCGACGACUAUCUGCGAUCACCGUGGCCGAUCGGGUAAGCUACGAACGUAAUGAACAACUUGGACAGACCAUUGGUUAUCAGAUUCGGCUGGAAAGUCGGCUGAGUCCGAUCACCAAUCUUGUUUUCUGCACAAACGGUGUUCUCCUGCGGUGUCUGAUGGGCAAGAAUUCUACCAGUAUUCUGAACGACGUGACACACAUCAUAGUGGACGAAGUUCAUGAGCGCGAUCAGUAUUCGGACUUUUUGCUGAUCUCGCUGAAAGAGAAAGUCCUGCAGCACACAAACAUCAAAAUUAUCCUCAUGUCUGCUACCAUCGAAUCCAACACAUUUUCGCGCUACUUCAACAAUUGUCCACUGAUCGAAAUCCCCGGAAGGCUGUUCCCCAUCGAGAGCUACUUCCUGGAGGAUGUUCUCUAUCGGAUCGAUCGCUACAACGCCAAGAUCGAUGAAGUCAAACGACAGUUCAAAAGCACACCUGACUUUGCCAGAGCAUUGGCACAGAAUCCUCACCGGACGGAGUUGGUUAACACGGCCAACAUGGACGAUGAGACGAUUCUUCUGAUGAACGAUAUCCUUGAGUUGUGCUGGAUCGAGAACAAUCCGGACGAUUUCAACCACUUCUUCUAUCUGGUCGAGGACGAAAAUAAUCCGAUCAAUUUCCAGCACACGGAGACGAAGAUGACGGCGCUGAUGAUCGCUGCAGCGAAAGGGUAUACAAAUGUAGUCAAGCGACUGAUAGACAUGGGAGCGGAUCCGAUGAUCAAAGGCAAGCACAAUUUCACUGCACUGGAUUGGUCGGUCAGCAUCAAUGGAUACAACGCGUGUACGCAGAUGUUGGAUAUGGUCACUCAACCACAACAACAGCUCCAGCAGCAGCUUCAACAGUCGCAACCUCAGCUGCAGACCCCUCCAAGGCAGCUUGCCAAGGUACUUCUGGAUGUGUAUCACAGCACAGUGAACGACGAGAAGAUUGACCAUCGCUUGAUUCUGGAUAUCAUCAAGUACAUCUGCACGAAGCUGGCUCCGGGUGCGAUACUUGUGUUCCUCCCCGGAUACGACGAUAUUCUGGAGCAGUAUGAAACGCUUAACUGCGGAUUGAGUGCAACAACCAACUUUCGAAUCUACAUGCUGCAUAGCAAUAUGCAAACGAAUGAUCAGAAUGCAGUGUUCAAGCCUGUUCCUCCGAAUACCAGAAAGAUUAUUCUUUCCACGAACAUCGCAGAAACUUCGAUCACAAUCGAUGAUGUCGUUUAUGUGAUCGACAGUGGAAAAGUAAAACAGAAGCACUACGAUUCGGUAACAUCGACGACCUCGUUGACAGCGACGUGGAUUUCCCAGGCAUGUGCAACACAGCGAGCAGGACGAGCUGGUCGAACCAAACCUGGUGUCUGCUUUCGACUGUUCACGCGACAAAGGUUCGACGCGAUGGACAAGUUUACACUGCCGGAAAUUCUACGCGUUCCAUUGACGGAGAUUUGUCUGCAAACGUCGAUCAUUGCCAGUCACACUUCGAUUCUGAACUUUCUGAGCAAAGCCAUACAGCCACCGUCAACGAUGAGCAUCAAACAGAGCAUUAAGCUUCUACAGAAGUUGGGUGCUUUGGAUGAUGACGAAAACCUAACCGAACUGGGCUUGAUCCUGGCGGAUUUACCGGUGGAUGCACGAUUGGGAAAGAUUUUGCUGUACGGGAUAUUUUUGAAGUGUAUCGAUCCGGUGCUGACCAUUGUCAGUGCGUUGAGCGUGAACGAUCCCUUUGUGUUGCCCACGACGGCUCUCGAUAAGGAUAAAGCGGCCAAGUUGAAGCGAGACAUGGCGGAGGACUCGUACAGUGAUUGUCUGUGUUUGCUGAGGGCGUUCCAGAAGUGGAAUGAGCUCAAACCAUCGAUGAAGGAGCGCCAGUUCUGCAAUCGGUUCUUCCUCAAUUCGGGCACGAUGGAUACUAUCGGAAGUUUGCGAAGUAAGAUUCUCGGCCAUUUACGAUCGGUGGGUUUGGUGAAGAGUUACGGAGCAGGGAAUAUCCAAGAUCUGAAUCAAAACGCAGAUAACUGGGCCGUGGUGAAAGCAUGUCUGGUUGCCGGUCUGUAUCCUAACAUCUGUCGCGUGGAUAAGGAAAAUGCCACCAUUAAAACCCGCAUCGAUAAGAAGAUAAGUCCACAUCCUAGCUCUGUAAUCAGGGACAAAUCGUUGAAGAAGAACAAGGAAAGCAUCCUAUCGCUUCCGUCGGAGUGGAUCGUUUUUGAGGAGAAAACGAGAGCGGGAAUUCACUGCCUGAUCAAGUGCAAUACGGUUGUAGCGCCGGUGACGAUCGCGUUGUUCUGCGGUCCCCUGUUUUUGAACGAGGAAGAAGCGCUUAUUUCGUGGAGGGAAUUGGAUGAAUCGAAUUCGGAUUACGAUGAGCAUGACAUGUCGGACAAAAGCAAGUUGAUUGUUGACGAUUGGAUUAACUUUGCCGUGGAUAGCUAUUUUGGUGCCUCGGUGUUCGAAUUCCGAAACAAGCUGAGUGCGCUCUUCCUGAAGUUCAUCAGCCACCCGAGAUCAUAUCAGCCGAGCACAAACGAUUUGUACCUGUUGAACACGGUGGCCCAGCUGCUGAAAGACGAAGAUCGUCAUCUCGGAUUCGCCGGCCACAGUAACAUUGGCCAGAAGCCUCGACCUGUGAUACAGAACCACCUGAAUGUGAAUGGUGGCGCUGGAAAUGCAUUCAAUUUCUCGGCGAACGAUUUCAAACUGGCUGCCAGCAGUAACAACAGCAGCAGCAACAACGGCAACGGUAGCAGUGGUCACAAUAGUAACAACAAGUAUCAUAACAGGAACCAACAGCAGCACGGAGCAGGAGGCAAACAGCACAAUAACAACAACAGGAAGGGGGACCCCAAGGUCCGUUACUUUGUCGUGCAUGCGGCGUCCAGUUUGCAGAUCGAGCUGGUUGCUGAAACUCCGGACGCGUGGAGCUUUACGUCUUCGUUGCAACCGAAACUAUUAAAAAUACUUAAGAAACAACCAAAUCUCAGCAUCAUCCUGUUUUUCCACAUAUCACAGAACAAAUGCUUUCACGGAGCAGGUCGACUGACAUUGGUUGCCAAUCGGACCCACUUGAAUCUGUUUUCCAAGAACACGGUCUCAUUUGAAACGCUAAGUACCUUCGAGAAAAGUUUUAUGCGGGGCAGAGUGCUGGAAGAGUACCUCGACGGAGAGGAACUGUCACCCUCGAGCGGCCACGAGCUGAUGGAAUUUUUCAAGUAGAUCUUGAUACGUCUCUUCAUCAAGCUAAAACCGUCAUCCCCGUAUAGCUAAUACACAAAGAAAGAGAAAAAAAAUACAAAGGUUGCAAUGAUAUUCAAAUUUCAACACUGUAACAUAACGUAAUUUUAUCACUAAAAGUAUGGUAAAACAAGGUAAAACAUUUUCUCAUUCGCAACAGAAUACAAAGUUAUAAAGUUAUAACACAAAUAGAGACAUGAGUAAUAAUGUAAAACCAAUAGCAUUCAGCGAUUGUUAGAACAUGAAUUCAUACGUGACGCUUCGUGUCACGUGCAUAAAAUUCUCUCUCUAUGACUAUCUUGUUUGGAUUAUUGUAUCUCAAAGACAACUCGUGUGAAGAAACGAACUAACUGAAUAACAUUAGGUAUUCGAUUUGAGCCCAAGUAACAAGAUACAAACCGUAAUAAAGAAAAAAACAAACUACAAAGCACGGAUUAAUUGCAAUUCUUGAAUGUGGUGGCAAUUACGGACAAUUGCAAUCCUCGGAAAUCAGAAUACAAAGAAUAAGCUGCAAAUGUACUGUUUAAUUUAAAUUAAAUUAAAUUGUAAAAGUGGAAUAAAACUGAAAACUUUUAAAGUUAUCAAUGUGAAAGAAUGACAAAUUAAACAUA